UGCAACGCUCCCUCAACGUUUCAAGCCCUCAUGAACUCGGUACUCCUGUUGCUGGCUGUUUCGGUAUAGAAGGACAGAGAUGUGAAUUAGAUAUAAACCUUCUCAUCACUAAAUCGAUCAAGUACUUACCUGAGAGCGAGAGUGUACCUUUGCAAAUUUGUUCUUGUAUUUUUUAACAAUAUAUUGGUCUACAGUCGCCCUUGGGCAGAACACUUGGAGCAUGUCAAAGUGGUCUUCGAGAUUCUCCGCAACAGAAGAUGUUUGUUAAACACAAGAAGUGCGAGUUUGGUCAAGACGAGUUGGAGUACUUGGGUCAUAUCACAUCGGGAUCAGGCGUGAAGGUGGACAGAGCAAAAAUUCAGUCUAUGCUAGAUUGGCCACGCCCGACAACAAUCACUGAGCUCCGCGGUUUUCUCGGGUUAACCGGCUAUUACCAAAAGUUUGUUAAAGACUAUUGACUCAUUGCUUGACCACUGACCAAUCUUCUAAAGAAAGACAAGUUUGUUUGGUGUUCUUUGGCAGAUGUAGUCUUCGCUAGAUUACAGACCGCAAUGACUACGACCCCAACCUUAGCAUUACCAGAUUUCACAAAACCAUUUGUGAUUCAAACCGAUGCUUCUGGGGAAGGAAUCAGAGCAAUACUAUCGCAGGAUGGUAGGCUGAUCGCUUACAUGAGCCAUUCAUUGGGGGUGACUAAACAGAACUGGUCUACUUGUGCUCGGGAGAUGCUCGCCAUCGUUAUCGCAUUUCGUGGGUGGAGACGUACCUUCUUGGUCGCCGCUUCACUUUCCAGACAUACCAACGCAGCCUACGCUUCCUCCUUGAGCAACACAUCCUGACUCCAGAGCAGCAAAAAUGGAUGGGGAAGCUCGUUGGUUACGACUACGAGAUAACCUACAAGCCAGGAACAGCGAACGCUGCAGCAGAUGCGCUCCCAUGUCGUGCAGACAGCCUCUGUUUACAUGCCAUCUUUACUCAACAUACUGAUUUCUGGGAGGAGCUCAGACGCAUGACUACUACAGACCCGUACCUACUCAAAAUCUGCUAGCUAGCCGACAUGAAUCCUGGAAAGCCAUACACCAAGUGCAACAACAUGAUCUACUUCAUCAAUAGGCUGGUAAUCCCAUCUGACUCACACUUUAUUCGUGACUUACUCAGGGAAUUUCAUGAUACACCCAUUGGUUAACAUUCAGGAGUUCUGCGAACACUCAAGCGCCUUUCACAAAAGUUCUAUUGGCCGUCUAUGCACAAGACAGUGCAUAAGUAUGUGACAGAAUGCGACACAUGCCAGAGAGCAAAAUCUGAGAGCUUGGCGCCUAAAGGAUUACUCCAACCAUUACCGAUACCACAAAGGUUAUGGGAAGAUGUCUCGAUGGACUUCAUAGAUGGCCUACCACGUUUAGAUCGCCAUACUUCGAUUCUGGUUAUUCUUGACCGCUUGUCAAAAGCAACUCACUUGGUCCCUCUUUCACAUUCGUACACUGCCAAAUCUGUUGUUUCCAUGUUCAUUGAUGCAGUGGUCAAGCAUCAUGGAAUCCCAAGGUCAAUCAUUAGUGAUCGUGAUCCGGUAUUUGUUAGCACCUUUUGGCAGGAACUUUUGGCAGGAAUACCAAACUGUGGAUGUCAUCAUCAUACCAGCCACAAACCGACGGCCAAACAGAAGUAGUCGAUCGUUGUAUUGAACAAUAUCUUCACUGCUUUGUUCAUACCAAGCCAACACAGUUGAGUUACUUACUUCCAUGGGCCGAGUACUGGUAUAACACCACCUAUCAUGCUUCAACAGGUAUGUCUCCCUACAAGGCUCUUUAUGGACAAGAUCCACCACCACUCAUUGGGUAUGAAAGCCACUCCACGCCUGUCGAAGAACUAGACGAGCAGCUUCUCAAUUAAUCGAAUGAAGCAAGCAGCGGACCGGAAACGUUGAGAUGUCACAUUUACAGAAGAUAGAGUCCCGCAUUGGUAGUGUCGCUUACCGCCUGAAACUUCCUGAGGGUACUCGUCUGCACCAUGUUUUCCAUGUCUCUCUCUUGAAGAAGCGCUUGGGAGAUGAUACACCAAGCUCAGGUACAUUGCCUCCCUUACGCACUAACGGUCUCCUCAAACUGAAUCCGGAAAGUGUUUUGGAGUACCGUGAGCUGGACGCAGCAGGAAACCGUGUGAAAGAAGCACUCGUUAAGUGUCGUGAUUUGCCAGAAGAAGAGUCCAUUUGGGAGUGUGUUGAGCAGCUUCGUAUGUCUUUUCCUACACUAAAUCUUGAGGACAAGAUUAUUUUCGGGGGGAGGUGUAAUGAUGCGACCACAGCUGGAGAUGGAGAAGUGGAAGAAGAAGAAGCUAAUGUUGAAGAAGAUAUAAUUCAGGAACCGAACCGGAGGACUUCAACGAGAACCAAGAUUCCAAACUGAAAGUAUUUUUAAUUAAGUUGAAAUUAUAUAUUUUCUAUUUUGUUGUUUAAGUGCACGAUAAGAGAGAAUUGGUCUUCCUUGAUUUGAGGAAACCACCUCUCCACAUUUCUCAUUUUCGUUGUAGAAGGAGUGGAGACUCCGUAAGUGUUUUCUUCUUCGCUAUUUAAGCUAAUGAAAUAAUCUAGAAAAGGU